ACUAAAUAAAUACGGAAAAUAAAAGUACUGAAUAAAUACGAAUAAAUAAAAAAUAAAAGUACCAAAUAAAAUCGAAUAAAAAAAAUCCCUUUCAAUAAAAUCGAAUGCAAUUAAAAUUACAAAACAGUGAAUUAAAUAUCAAACAUCAAAUUAAAUACGAAAAAAGACAAUCGGAAUUUUAAUUCACAAAUUCAAUUCCGAACUAAAAGCUUUUUCAAGAUAGAUCCUUCAUUAAUUUAUAAAAAGGACAUUGUUGUGUGGCGAAAGAGAUUACCGCAGUUAAAUAAGAGAAAAGUGUUUCUAUUUUGAGAAUUCGGGUCCACAAGAAUCAAUAUUGAGUGAUGAAAAGAAAAUGUGGUGGAUUUCUCCUUAUAGUUGAGGAAUUUGCAAAAAUAACUAUUUAACUAAAUAGAUGCAAUAAACUUUUUCUUUUUCUAAAACAAUUUUUUUUUAGAAAAAAAGAAGAAGAAGAUUAAAUACAAAGCAAAUUAGAUUAUAAAGUUUUUUUUUGAGGAAAAUAGUGAGUGUAAUAAAGUGAAAGAGAAGUUUAAAAAAAAAAAAUUAGGCCAAAAAGUGAAAAAGAAAGGAAGGAAGGAAGAAAGAAAGAAAUAUUAAAAAGUUUGUGUAAAGAAAAAUCUCUUUCGAAAUAAGAGAUAAGCUGCUUUUCCUAUUUCGAGAACAUCAAGAAUGGGAUCGAAAAAAGGAUUUUUAUACGCGUUCUUAUUCAUUUCUUCAAUUAUCUUUCUACUCGAGGUUGCAGAAUGUCGACCGCACAUCAGACAUCAUCGAGAGGGUUCGCACUGCAGUAAAUGUGGUCCAGGAAUGGGAGUGGUGAAACGUUGUAGUCCAGGUCAAGACACAGAGUGCGGUAGAUGUUCUCCAGGAACUUACAGUCCACAUCACAGUAUUCAGCCCUGCUGGAUAUGCUCUCGUUGUGGUCCAGGACUCUACGAAGCUCAUCCUUGCACCACAAAAAUGGACACAGUUUGCGAUUCCUGUCACAGGCACGCUCCAGAGAAUGCCGACUAUCAAAGGAAGUGUAAGGGACGAGCUAAUUUCUUCCUCGCUCCAGAGGACGCUGUCGACACUGGCGAGGAGAGCGUUCUCGUGAACGAUCCCGAGGACGAUGUCGCCGACAGGGACGAUCUUCUCCGAAAGGAUGUAGACGCCAUUUUUCCAGAAUCUGACGAAAACUUUAAUGGAAUUCAAAGUUUAUAAAUUCAAAGCUGAUUCAAAGCUUAUUCAAAGGUUAAAUCGAAAUUCAAACUUUAUUCAGUUUUUUCAAAAUUCUUCAAAUCUGUGGAAGAAAAAAAAUUGAAUUAGUAACAGAAUUUUUUCAAUUUUAUGAAUUUUUAAUUUAAUUAAUUUUAUACCUGUGUUUUGGUGUCUUCUUUCUCGGCUCCAAAAAUUGAU